AUGGCUCUUCCAAACCUUCGCCGGCUUUUCGUCGAGGCGCGUACCGAGGCCGAGGAGAACGAGUACUCUCGUAAUGCGUUCUACAACCUCGUCUUGUUCAUUUCAUCCGUUGCGGUCUUCAGUCUCGUGGCUCAGAGGAUGAGUGCCAAUGGCAGUGGUGGCUCGAGUCCGAUCAAGAUGAUCAGAUAG